CUUGACGUCUUCACCACAUAUAUCGUUCUUCUUCCAUUUUGCUUCUCAAAGCUGAGGUUCUCCAUUGCUCUCUCCCUCCAUGUCCGCCAAUCUCAUUCACCUACUACUCACUCCAAAUUCAUCUUUCUAUUCGAGUUACUGAGCUUUUCAGGCUACAGAUUUGAAUUGCAGCCAUCUUGGGUUUAUAAGACAAAUACUUCUUUCUUAACCCAGAAUAUGGUGAGUGUUCAAGCCAGUCUUCCUUGUACUUGGUUGUUAGGAGGUAAGGAGCAUGUUGUGAGAGGAGGAUGUCGUAACUUUCCAUGCUUCAGCGACUCAGGUUUAGGUUCUUCUGGCAGUAAAUCACUCCUUUUCCAGAGGCUGUACAUUGUAGAUGGUUCUUGUAUAGGUAAACGUUGGCAUCCUAUUUGUUCUAGUAAGAUGGAUGAUGAUGCAAAUAGAAAUGACUCUGGUGAUGGUAUAAAUGAAGACGAGCCUUCUGAAGGUGACCCUGAAUCAGUUAACAAUGAAAUACUCAGAGAAAAUCUAGAAAGAAUUAUCGGUGUAGAUGAUUCUGCUUUUUCCGGGAUUGAUCUGGCAACACUUAUUAGGAAGAAAUAUGGACGAUCCUAUGACGUUCAACUUAUAAAGAAGGAAUUCAUGGGUAAAAAUCUCCUUGCACUGAAUGUCAUGUGGAAGUAUAUGGAGCAGAGAUCUUUUCCUCUGACUGAAGAAGAGUACUUGUUAAGGCUUGAUGAUGUGGCAAAUACGUUGAAAUGCUGGGGAGCGGUUUCUCAUAUUCGGAACAGCCUCGAAAAAUUGAAAGAGCGUCCACGGAUUGGAAAGGCAGUGAGCAUCUUUAUAGACAUGGAUGAUUCCGGAGGGCGCACAAAUGAAUGGAUAUACAAGUAGAUAAGAUCGUAAUUGAAUACGCAUGUCGUGAUGCUUGCCAUACGUGCAUCCUGAAAGCCAGCCGCGCGAUAAAAGGUAAUGAAGGGAUGCUGUCUGUAUAUUUUCCUCUGAAUCUGUCCAGAUUUCGAAUUGAAGGUAAAGAAGCAAUGGCAAUGCUUCCUUGUAAUAUGAUUCUGUCAUAUUCUUUGUAAGUAAUAUAAUGGUCUUUCUGUCUGUUUGUCUUC